AUGGCGGCGACGAUGGAAGAGGAGGAGCGCAGUCGCCGCCGGGCGUCGGUCGACAACUCGGCUGCGCGUGACGAGGAAGAGCGCAAGGCUGCUGGCCGCGCCGCAGAUGUGGCCAUGGAGGAGGAGCGCAGCCGCCGCCGGGCGUCGGUCGACAACUCGGCUGCGCGUGACGAGGAAGAGCGUAAGGCUGCCCGCGUCGAGGCGCUGGCUGCCAUCGAGAAAGAGCGCGAGCGGCAGAUGGCUGAGAUUGCGGUGGCUGAAUACGCUACCGAUCUCGAACGGCAGGCUGCGCGGGAAGAGGUCGAUCAGCAGGUCGAGGCUGAGCGCCAGCGCCUCAUCGAGUCGGGCAUGGUGGAGAAGGCGCUUGCAUCGUCUACAGGCGCCCUCGAACCUGACACCACCGAGGCUCUUCUCCAUGCCGCGUCCAAGAAGCAGGCCGCGUUCAUGGCCGCCGACGAGCAGCGUCGGCGCCGAGCGUCUGUUGAUGCGGCGUCCCGGGCCGACGAGGCCGAGCGCGCGUCAGCAGCGUCAGCCGCAGACGCCGCCAUGGAGGCCGAGCGCAAGCGCCGCCUCGCCGAGGAGGCCAAGUCGAUCUCCAACGAGGAGCUCGAGCGCCGCGCCGCCCGCAACGAGGCCGAUCGCCUCGCCGAAGCCGAGCGCAAGCGCCGCAAGGCCUCGAUGGAAGCUGCCGAGGCGGCCGACAACGACGCCCGCGCCGUCGCCGCCGAAGAGGCCAACCGUGCCAUGGAGGAGGAGCGCCAGCGCGGUGGUGGGACACCGGCCGGGCGGAAGCCACGGCCCCGCGACGGGACACAGACGCCGGCACCCAAGGCCCGGGCUGGGCGCGGCACCGGCAGCGCCAAGAAGAGCGCAAGUGCUGCCAAGGCGACUCCGGUGCGCGCUGGACGGAGAAGGACAAGAGGUGCAAGCGCCGCCGCCACUCCAGCGCCAAGGGCCCGAGGUGCUGGCGCGAGCGGAGCCGCAGCCGGGGCCGCUGGUGGUGCUGCCGCCGCCACUCCGGCGCCGCGCGGACGUCUGGGCGUUGCAGCUGGCGGGAGUGGGGCUGGUAGCGCGAAGUUGCGAAAUCGAAGCAGCCGGCAGAAGGCUGGUGGUGGGCGCGGGAGGACCAGAGAGGAUCUGGAUGGUGUGCGAAGCCAGCUGCUGUCGUCGUUUGGCAAGGCCGAGGGCAGCAGCAUCUUUUCGGCAGUCGACACCUCGUCGCCAACCCACAAGCACUGCAUGGUCGAGGGCAAGCUCGCUGUCUCGGAUCAGCUCACCUUUUCGCCAGCCAUCUCGCCGGCAUCGCGUCAACUCGCGGCAAAGGCUGCUCAUUCGUCAGAUCCGGCGGUGCUGGCGCUGCGCAAGACCGAUGUGCUCGACGCCACUCGCCGAAAGAUCCGCAAGGAGGAGGAGCGCGAGCUGACCUUUGCGCCUGCCAUUCGCGAGCGGUCUAAAAGUCUGGCGCAGCGCCGUGCAGCGCGGAGUAAGGAGGAGCUCGAGGCCCGCAAGGCUCGGUUCAACCCGGACAUCGGCCUCUCCACCGAUGACCGCAUCCUCCGCGACAACGCAUUCAAGCCGGCCAUCGACAUUGCCAACAACGGAGACGAGCUUAUCUCAGCCUCGUACAAGCGGUUGACAGGCAAGUCCAUCUCCAAGCUCGAUGUCAUCGCCCGGCUCUCGCUCAAUGCAUCGCGUACGACGCUGCCGGCCAAGACCCGCGCGGCGGCAGAAACCGAGUUCCGCGCGUCGGAGCAGGCUUGGAGGGUUGUGCGCGACAAAGAAGCCAUUUACGCGUCCAAGCUUGCGGAUGUCCGAUCCGAGCUUGAGGCUCAUGGCACGCCCGACGAUCUCGAGCUGGCGCUGCACAAGGUGUUUCAGCUCAACGGCCUUCGCAACCCGCGUCCACCGGUCCGCUCAGCGCUCGGCGAGUAUCACCCGCCGGAGCCCAUUGAGAACGCCAUUCGCGAGCUCGCCUUUGCGCAGCGGAUCGUGGCCCAGGCCAAGUCGCGGUAUGCUCAUGAGUUUGACGCCUGGCUCCAGCGACAGGUCGACGACGGUGUUUUUGUCGUUGUCGCCGCGUCGCCUGACGCCGACGAGGUUGACUCGCUCGACUCGCCACGAACGCAUCGUGAGCCGCCACCAGCGGCCGCCGCCGUGUCGCCGACAGAGGCCAAGCUGGCCGCCCUCUCGCUUGACUCGCCGCUCUUUGCGCGUUCGGCCGAACGUCAGCGCCAGCUUGAUGAGCACCUGCAUGCCCGAGAGCUCGCCGAGGUCAAAGAGUGCACCUUUUUGCCGGCCAUUUCGCCAACCUCGCGCAAGAUGGCCCGUCGCGGGUCGAGCGUUGACUCGGGCGAAGGCGGCGUCGAUGUCGAGCGCGAGCGCGGCGCCGUCUUUGACCGCCUCUUUCUCACCGAAACGAGCCACGGCCUUGCCCGCUCGCGCCGUCCACAGCCGCGCCCAGUCGAACCGGCUGACGCCUUCAAGGCCUGGUCGCACAAUUCAGAUCACGGCGCCGCUCUCGCCCGCGCAGUGGCCCAGCGGCGAACCAUCCUCGCGGCUCGUGUCAAGGAGCUCGCCGCUCUACCGGACAAGCUCAAGUCGCUAACCGCGGCCUCGUCGCCCAAGGGCCGCAAGCGAGCGUCGCCCGCAAAGGCGGCCAAGCAAGCACUCGCAGCGCAGAUUGUACCCAAGGCCAAAGAGGUGCAAACGCUCAAGAUGGCGCUCAACAAGAUCGAGCGGAAGCAGCAGCGUGCGUUCGAGGAGUGGUACCGUGAGCAGUACGGCAUGUCACCGUCUGCCUUUCACCACCGUGUGCUCCACCGCUCCCGUUCGCGGCCGCAAGUCCGAGCCGGGUCGGGCGGAAACGGCCGAAACCCGCAGGGCCGAGCCCGUGGUGCGGUCAGCCCCAGCGCGUCGCCGCGGGCGCAUGAGAGCCCCAGCCGCGUCCGUACCUCGUCGCCAACACCGGCUGCGUCGUCGUCGCCGCCCGCAAGAGCUCGCAAGCGGUAUGUCCAGCCGACAACUGUGGCGCGAGCACCAUCGUUUGUGGGAACCCGUGGUCUCAAGGCUUCGUCGGCCAAGGCCAGCCGUGCCAAGAUUGACUGGGACGCCGAACUCACGUACCAGCCGGUCAUCUCGGAGCGAUCGCGCAAGCUGGCGGCGGCGGCGUCGCGAAACCGGGUUGACCUCACGGUCAAGCGCACGCCCGAGCAAGAGAAGCGGUGGGCUCAGCUGGCUGCGCAGGUCGAGGCCGAUCGCAUGGCCGAAUGCACGUUUGUGCCCAAGGUGAGCGCAGAGUCGCUGGCGCUGGCGGCAAAGAAGGGUCCGCGCGAGCCGUCGAUGCUCAAGUUUGCCGAUCCGAUCUCGUCGGAGCGAACCGCAAAGCUCCGCGCUGAGCUGGCUGCAGAGGAGGCUCAGGUGUGCACGCAUGUGCCCAAGAUCACCGAGGCCUCCCGCGAAAUGUCGUACACUCGCAUUGAGCGCGAGCUUGCUGAGCAGUACGGCUCCCCGGACAAGGUGCCCGACGGGGCGCUCCAUGCUGCGGUGCCGCCGACAGCGUUGAGCCGAUAUCGUGAGCAUGUCAAGGAGAUCAAGGCCGACAUGGAUCGCGAGUGCUCGUUUGUGCCGGAAAUCAACUCUGUCUCGGCCGUCCUCGCUGAGCGCAAGCACGCCGCCCAUGCGCGUGACUGCGGCAGCGAGGGCGUAUACGAGCGGCUGACCCGCGCAGGCGCUGAGCCUGGUGCCGAUCGCGAGCCGAUCUCCAAGGACGAGGCCUUCCGCAAGUACAUGUCGAGCGAGCCUGGGCUCUCCAAGCGCAAGCGGGUCCUGCAGAAGAAGCGCAUGCUCGGCUCGCUCCGACGUCAGCUCCAGCACGACCUCAUCGACUCGGGCAAGGGACUGCUCUACGGUGUCAUUCUCAACUGUGUGGCCCGAAAAAACUCUGGCCGCGAGGCCGUGCUUAACCCCGACGACGAGGUCUUGUUUGAACGGAACCGUGCAUGGAUGCAGCCUAUUGUCGACGAACUGGCCUUCCUCGAGCGGGCGGUCGAGCUCGCGUCGUCGGUCCUCCGUUCCGACUUUGAACGGUGGUGGGAGGCGACGCCCGAGCUGGUCAAGAUCCAGCUGCAGGAUGAAUAA